AUUAUAUAAGAUUUUUAAAGUUAGUGAUCUUACUUGCCCACAGGAUCUAGUUUUUAUGACUUCCUUUUUGUUCGCUUUCUUUUUAUUCGCUCGGAUUUCCAMUAUUAUUCCACAUUCGGUUCACACUUUUGAUCCGCACAAGAAUCUUUGUAGGGGAGAUAUCGUUCAGACAGAAUACGGUCUUUCAGUUACUUUUAAGUGGACCAAGACUAUUCAGUUUGGGCAACGUAAGUUAGUUAUUCCUCUUUUAGCUAUCCCAGGGUCCCCUCUGUGCCCAGUGAGAGUGUAUCACUUAAUGUGUAAGUGUUUACCAGCCGAUAGCAAGUCUCCGGCAUUUGUGGUUCCAGAUUCCAAAAAGGCCACUCCUUUCUCAGGGGAGGAACUUCGUGGGCCUUUAAUGUUGGUGUAUGUAGCCGGUGAGCUGAUUCAAAUAUUUGGUGAUUGGUCCUUGGACGCUUAUAAGGGGUAUAUUGAUUUAUCCUUAGAUUCAAAAUUGUUGCUGGCUUCUCGCAUUAAGGCCUCAUUAGAGCAUCUCACUUAUUGUUAGUUUUCACUAGUGGGGGCUCGG